AUGCUGCCUUGGCUGAGCUGCUGCACUCCACAACGAUGGGGUGGAGUUUGCACCAUGGCCGGGGUGCGGGGGCUUGGAGUCGGAUGUGUAUCUGAGGACUGGCGGCACCAGAGGAGCCGAUGGCCUGAGGGUCAGGCCAGCCCAGAAAGAGUUGUGGGUUUGGUCUGUGUGGGUAGGUUGAUACAUGUUUCCAUCGUUUUGGUGAGAACAGUUAUGGUAUGUGUGGCACAGAAAGUGGUCACAGUGGCAUGCGGCAGACAGAGUGGCAUGCGGCAGACAGAUGUAUUCAAGACAGACAGCAAGAGUUACUGUUGUUGCUGCUCCAGAUCUCAUGUGUUCAGCAUUGAAGUGCUACUGUAUGACUCCCAGCCCUGA